CUUUUUUCUUUUCUUUUUCUUUAUCACUAUGACCGAGUUGAACAAAGGUGUUGAAAGCUUGAAACUCGAAGGCGAGCCAGUCAAGGUAGCUGCUUCUGCUGAUACCUCUGCUACACAAAAUGUCACACCUUGGGAAGUUGAAGGUGCUAUUGUGGAUGGUGUUCAACAAGCUAUCGACUACAACAAACUUAUCGAACAGUUUGGUACCAGACCUAUUGAUGAUGCUUUGUUAGAACGCUUUGAGAAAUUAACUGGACGUAAGCCUCACAUCUUUUUAAGAAGAGGUGUCUUUUUCUCUCAUAGAGAACUUCAUAUCAUUCUCGACCGUUAUGAACAAAAGAAGCCUUUCUUUUUGUAUACUGGUCGUGGUCCCUCAAGUUCUUCUAUGCAUUUAGGUCACAUGAUUCCCUUUGUUUUUUGUCAAUGGCUUCAAGAUGUGCUUGAUGUGCCUAUUGUUAUCCAAUUGACAGAUGAUGAAAAGUUCUUGUUUAAACCCAACUUGACCGUAGAAAUGUGUCAUCAAUUUGCUUUUGAUAAUGCCAAAGAUAUCAUUGCUUGUGGAUUCAAGCCCGAAAAGACUUUUAUCUUUUCUGACUUUGAUUUUGUUGGUGCUGAAUUCUAUCACAAUGUUGUUCGUAUUGCUCGUUGCAUUACAUUAUCCCAAUCUAAAGCAACCUUUGGUUUCAAUGAUAGUGACAAUGUUGGUAAAGCUCAUUUUGUCUCUGUUCAAGCAGCCCCUUCCUUCUCCAACUCUUUCCCUCAAAUCUUUGGCACCAAAAAGGAUAUUCCUUGUUUGAUCCCUUGUGCUAUUGACCAAGACCCUUAUUUCCGUUUGACUCGUGAUGUUGCAAAGAGAUUGAAAUACCCCAAGCCAUCUCUUAUUCAUGCUAAAUUCUUCCCUGCUCUUCAAGGUCCCCAAACUAAGAUGAGUGCUUCUAUUGACACUUCAGCCAUCUUCAUGACAGAUACAGCCAAGCAGAUCAAAAACAAGAUUAACAAGCACGCUUUCUCUGGUGGAGGAGCUACUCUUGAAGAACACAAGGCUCAUGGUGGUAACCCUGAUGUGGAUGUUGCCUAUCAAUACCUUUCUUUCUUUAUGGAAGAUGAUGAGGAAUUGAAAAAGAUUCAUGAUGCUUAUAAAUCUGGUGAAUUAAUGACUGGUGAAUUGAAGAAGAUCUGUAUUGAGACCUUGUCCAAGUUUGUGGGCGAUUUCCAAGAGAGAAGAGCCAAGGUCACUGAUGAAACUAUCCAUUAUUAUAUGGAUAAGAAUAGAAAGAUUGAACCUUAGAAUAAAAAACUAUGUGUAACAAGCACAUAAAAAA